AUGGGCCUUUCGACUCUUCCUCUGCUUCUUUCAUUUGUUCUUCUCUUUCUGUUGCAUACGCCCCCUACCCAUGCCGUUAAAAAGGCUUAUAUAGUGUACAUGGGAGCACAUUCGCACGGCGCAGAGCCUACAUUGGCUGACCUCGAGCAAGUGACAAAUUCUCAUUAUGAUUUGCUUGCGUCAUUUGUAGGAAGCACUGAGAGGGCUCAGGAUUCGAUCUUUUACUCAUAUAAAAGAUAUAUCAAUGGCUUUGCCGCAACUCUCGAAGAGGAAGAAGCAGCACAGAUUGAAAAGCAUCCAAAUGUCCUAUCAGUUUUCGAAAACCAGGGAAGAAAACUUCACACAACACGAACAUGGGAUUUUCUUCAACUUGAGAGAAAUGGAGGAAUUCAGGACAAUUCGGCAUGGAAAACAGCAAGGUUUGGCGAAGAUACAAUUAUUGGAAACCUCGAUACGGGUGUUUGGCCGGAAUCAAAAAGCUUCAGCGAUAAGGGAUUGGGUCCCAUCCCGUCGAGGUGGCGUGGUAUUUGUCAAAAAGGCGGCUACAACGACGGUUUUCGUUGCAACAGGAAGCUGAUCGGAGCAAGGUACUUUAACAAAGGCAUUGCUGCAGGCGCAGGCGGUCUUCAUCUUAACGCAUCCUAUUACACUGCUCGUGACAGCGAUGGCCAUGGGUCCCAUACCUUAUCUACCGCCGGCGGUAACUUUGUAGCCGGAGUAAGUAUUUUGGGGAAUGGCAAUGGCACUGCAAACGGUGGAUCACCAAAAGCCCGUGUGGCUGCCUACAAGGUUUGCUGGCAGCCAAUCAACGACAGCCAGUGUUUUGACGCGGAUAUCUUGGCUGCCUUCGAAGCUGCAAUAGGUGAUGGUGUUGAUGUGCUUUCUAUGUCUCUGGGCGGGAGCCCCAUCGAAUUUUUUAAGGAUGCGAUAUCAAUCGGCUCCUUCCAUGCUGUUAAGCAUGGCAUUGUUGUGGUUACCUCGGCCGGCAACGAUGGACCAUUGACCGGAACGGUAGCAAACGUGGCACCAUGGAUGUUCACAGUUGCGGCCAGUACACUUGACCGGGAGUUUGCUAAUUAUGUUGCUCUUGGCAACAGGAAGCACUUCAAGGGAACAAGCCUUUCAGCAGCCAUGCCAUCUAGUAAGUUCUCCCCAUUGAUCAGUGCCGCAGAUGCCAACGCUGCUAAUGCAUCCGCUGGGGCAGCUCUGCUUUGUCAGGCUAAAACUCUUGAUCCCAAGAAGGUGAAAGGAAAGAUUUUGGUAUGUCUUCGAGGGGAAAAUGCAAGAGUUGAAAAGAGCUAUUACGCCCAUCAGGCAGGUGCUGCGGGUAUGAUUUUGGCUAAUGAUAAGGACAAUGGGAAUGACAUUUCACCCGAUCCUCAUUUUCUCCCUACUUCCCAUAUCAGUUACGCCGAUGGCCAACAAGUCUUUGCUUACAUUAACAGUACCAAGAGCCCUAUUGCUUUCAUGACUCGAGUAAGGACACAGUUGGGAAUAAAGCCAUCUCCAUUUGUGGCUUCAUUCUCAUCUAGGGGACCUAAUCUCGUUGAUGCAGGAAUCCUCAAGCCUGAUAUCACUGCACCAGGGGUGAAUAUAAUUGCCGCUUACAGCGAAGCUGGAAGUAUAAGAGCAACUUCCGUAGAUGUUGAUAAACGUCGGUUUCCUUACUAUAUACUCUCUGGAACUUCGAUGUCGUGCCCUCAUGUUUCUGGCAUUGUCGGCCUUCUCAAAACGCUCCACCCUGAAUGGAGUCCGGCAGCAAUCAAAUCUGCCAUCAUGACCACGGCGAAAACCCGAGGUAAUGACAUGAAACCAAUCACGUUGGAAUCAUCCAAUCUCAAAGCGACACCAUUGGAGUACGGUGCAGGACACGUACAACCAAACAGCGCAAUGGACCCUGGACUGAUUUAUGAUCUGACCGUGGAUGAUUACUUGAACUACUUAUGUUCUCGUGGCUACAACCAGUCCAUGAUCAGACUAUUUUCGGAAAGGCGAACAUAUGCAUGUCCUAAGUUUUUCAGCGUCGGAGACCUCAACUACCCUUCAAUCACAGUUCCGAAUCUGCAUGCAUCCCCGGUGACCGUUACUAGAACAGUAACUAACGUUGGUUCCCCGCACGCGUCGUACGAAGCGCGUGUGAGGCAACCUGCGGGAGUUUUGGUCACGGUUGAGCCUAGAAAAUUGAUGUUCAAGGCAGUCGGUGAAAAGCAGACCUUCAGGGUUACUUUGAAGCCCAAGGCUGCGACUAAUCUUACAACGUAUGUAUCUGGGGAGUUGCUGUGGUCAGAUGGCAAGCACUUCGUCAGGAGUCCCAUUACACUGAGCUCUUUUAAUUAG